GUAAUUCGGCAAUGGAUAAUGCUGGACUGUCAUCCGCUUUUUCGCUUUUAUACUAGCAUUCUUGAUUUCCCGUAUAAUCUUGUAAAUCAUGUAGACGAAGAGCCGACAUGUCUGGGAACAUCGUUAUGGUAUAUGCUUUUAGUGUUUUGGAGUAUAUUUCGGAAUGUUUGGUGAUAUUGCAAAUCCAUAAGCCCAGAGGAUUUUGCACAAGCUGCAACUUUAGUGUUUCGAGGCUCACUGGUAACUAGUUUGUGCGUGAAAUAAGACGUCCGUGCUUGCUAAAAAUUUCGCUUGUGAUUACUGAAUUAGCAUUGCGAUGGAGACUUUCUAGCACUAAUCAGGGCUAUGAAUUUCAAGAACGCCAAAGUUCCUAAUGUACCGGGUGGGGCUUCUUCAGCUUUGCUCACAUUGGGAGUCGUAGGCGGUCUCAGCUUGUAUGCAGUUGGAAACAGUCUGUACAAUGUUGAGGGAGGGCAUCGAGCCAUUGUGUUCAAUCGUAUCACUGGCAUUAAAGACAAGGUUUAUCCUGAAGGGACACACCUAAUGAUCCCCUGGUUUGAGAGGCCGGUCAUCUACGAUGUCCGUGCUCGACCUGAAGAGAUCGAGAGUACUUCGGGGAGUCAUGACCUUCAGAUGGUUAGAAUUGGACUUCGUGUUUUGACACGUCCUGUGCCCGACCAGCUCCCUACCAUUUACCGGACUCUGGGUAAAGAUUACGAGGAAAGGGUGCUGCCAUCAAUUAUUCACGAAACCUUGAAAGCCGUGGUUGCGCAAUAUAAUGCGAGUCAGCUGCUGACACAGAGAGAGAAUGUCAGUCGAGAAAUAAGGAAGGUAUUGACAGAGAGAGCAGCUACCUUCAAUAUUGCUGUGGACGACGUGUCGAUCAAGAGCCUAACCUUUGGGAGGGAGUUCACUGCUGCAAUCGAGGCCAAGCAAGUCGCUGCACAAGAAGCUGAGAGGGCCAAGUUUGUCGUGGAGAAGGCUGAGCAAGACAAGAAGAGCGCAAUCAUCAGAGCUCAGGGAGAGGCAACGAGUGCCCAGCUGAUUGGCCAAGCUAUUGCCAAGAACCCUGCAUUCAUCACCUUGAGGAAGAUCGAAGCCUCGAGAGAGAUAGCAAACACCAUCUCGAAUUCGAACAACAGUGUCUUCUUAAGCUCCGAGGAUCUGCUACUGAACCUCCAGGGGUUGGAACUGGGAACCGCGAAGAAAUGAAUACCAAGGUCAAGAACGUGCACGCGGUUUGCUUUUAUCCUUCUAUGUCCUUUUUUCGGGUCACUUGAAUUCUUCAACUCAGGAAAGUAUGUAUAUAGCUUCUGUAGUUGAGCGAAUACUGUCGACGGAGAAUUGCAUAGGCAGUCGACUAGCAAGAAUAAAUUCUUACUUCAACAAGCAGCAAAAUAGCAUUGCUCAUUUGCUGGUAAGGAAGCCCUGUGAAUUGCUACAUUGGUCGAUCUUAUGUCGAUAGGAAGGUCGAAUGAAGUUCAAGAUUUACCAAUA